AUGGAGCAUGUGCUGCCUCCACCGCCUCCAUCACGUCCAUAUUUAGCCACCCCGCCGCCCAACCGGCCCUUCUUGCAACCUCCUCAUGAGGAACGGCAGGUUCAGAGUGCGCCGCCCGAACGGCAACCCUUCGACGAAGAGGAUCCUUUGAUGGGCAAGCACUCGAAACUGUACCAGCGUCGCAAGGAGAUUGAAGGUGAAUUGAGACGGCAGUUCAACUUGCCCGAGGAGGCGGUCGAAGUGCUCAGCCAACUGCGCUCCAGGCGUUCAUCCUCCUAUGGCUGCCCUCCACCAGUUCCAAAGCCUCGUUCUGGAAAGUCGAAACUGCCGCCGAUCCCGAAGCCGGUGGAAGCGACCCGAGGUCCAGAUGAGGCAGAUGCACGUGCACAGGAGGCAGAGCGUCGUUCUGAACCUCCAUGGUGGAAGCUGGAACAGGAAAACCUGGCCAGGCGCAACCAGGAGAGGGAGGCGCGAGAGGCAUUUCUGAAAUCUCCUGAGCCUCCUGCAGAGGUGCCAAGCGUGCAGGUCCACAUGUUGGAUCGCUCCAUUCACCUGCGGCCGCAGAGCUGGCGCACGGGGCGUCCGCCUGCCGAGCGGAAGGUGACCGCUGAGUUUCAUGCUCCCCGCCCACCUCCCGAAGGUAGCCAACCUGAGGAGCCGUGGAGGGCCAAGGCCAGAGAGCUGGAGGCCCUGGCUUCUGCCCAUCGUUUGAAGCACGAGGAGCUGAAAAAGGCACUGGCUGGCUGGGCUGUUUUGGUGGUGAAAUGCACCUUCUUUACCGAUGAAAAAGUAAUCGUAGGCGAAACCCAGACUUUCUUCCUUUGA